AUGGCACCGCACUCCCCCGCCGUGAAGCUCCAGUCCCGCGCCGCGGCGCCGCCGUCGUCGGCGAUGGGCGCGCACCGGUGGUCCCAUCCCAUCGCGAAGGGCCCGCCGCGGAAGAUCAGGAUCGUGCACGUCCUGGCGCCGGAGGUGAUCAAGACGGACGCGCGGCACUUCCGCGACCUCGUGCAGCGCCUCACCGGCAAGCCUAGCGCCGCCGGAGGAGGGUCCUCCUCCUCGUCCUCUUCGUGGCCGGCCGAGUCUUCCUCCCAGCAGGCGGCUGCAGGCGGCUCGUCGUCCGUCGCGGUCGCCGUCGCCCCGGCGGCCGUCAAGGCCGAGGUGAAGAAGGAGAAGGAGGACGCCGCGUCGCCGGAGGAGGGGCUCGGGGGCGCGACGAACGAGGGCUUCUUCCAGGACCUCGACGAGUUCCUCCUCGGCGGCGGGUGGCUUUAGCCUCCCGUUGGAGCCAAGUCCGAGAAUUUUUUUUGCCCCCUGCUGCUGCUGCGUACGAUGGCGACGGCUCGGUUCGGUUCGGUUACCAGAGAUCGAUCCCCCAUUUCGGCCUGGAAUUUAAGUUAAGUUAUAGCAUCGGGCUUCCUGCACCUGUUACUUCUCCGGUUUGUUGAUACUUCAGUUGUGUUAUUCAGACGUUCCCCGAUUUUUUAGAAAUGCCAGAUUAGUUUGGUUGUUUUUGACGGUA